GCCCUUCUUUCCUGACACAUUACCUGGCUCCAAACCGCCAGGAAAUUAGAGAACCCAAGGGCAGAGUCCAGCAUGUGGGCCUACCUGUCCUUGCUGCCAGUCUUCCUAGCUCUAUGGGCUAUUGCUGGUGUCUGGAUUGUUUUUGCAAUUGCUGUGGCCAACAGGACUGUGGAUCUCACGAAAGGCUUCCCCUACAUCAGUUACUGUGGGUCUUACGCCCCUCAGAGCUGCAUUUUCAGCCAAAUCCUCAACACAGGAGCUGCUCUAGCUGUUUGGAUCUGCAUUGUGCGUUAUCACCAGCUCCGGGACUGGGGCGUCAAAACGUGGCAUAACCAGCUGAUCCUGUGGUCGGGGCUCCUCUGUGCUCUGGGGACAUCCAUAGUAGGCAACUUUCAGGAAAAGAAUCAGAAACCUACACACCUGGUUGGGGCCUUCUUUGCUUUCACCCUGGGCAACCUCUACUUCUGGCUGCAGUUCAUUCUGUCCUGGUGGAUGAAGGGCCUGCCCCAACCAGGGCCCCGCUGGAUGGGACCUCUGCGUCUGAGUCUCUGCAGCCUCUCCACCAUCCUCAUCGUGGCCAUGAUCGUCCUCAACUUCCACAAUCUGCGCUCUGCCUCUGCAGCCUGUGAGUGGGCUGUGGCCAUGUUACUCUUCAUGCUGUUUGGCUUCUUUGCUGUGGACUUCUCCAGCCUGCGAGGCUGUGCCCUGCACCUUAAGUCCAGGCUGGACUCCAGCCCCCCACCAGCUUCCCCAGUGACCCCGGAGAUCCAGCUGUCAGAGACGCUCUGACUGGGCUUCAUUCUAGUGGUAGAGGAACAAAGAAGUGGCCAACCCGGUUCACCCUACAGUGAACUACGGAGGACUGAGAUGGACCUUCUAAUGGACACAUGGCAAGGGGGAACUUGUGCUA